GGUAGGAGGGUGUGAUCGUAAGAGACAGCAUUGGCCCUGGGCGGCGACGGACAGAGGGUACACCGAGCAAGAAGGAGGUGCGAGAGGGAGCGAUGGCGAUGGCGAUGGCAGAUAACGGGCGGGGAUGGGAGGAGAGGAAGGUCUUGUCAGCUGAGGCAGAGAUCGAGGGAGUACGUGCCACGGCGUCCAUGAGUGGCGAUGGCAUGAUCAGGUGGACCUUGACAGGAGGAGGAGGAGGAGGAGGAGGAGAAGGAGGAGGAGAGAAAGGAGGGAAGAAGAAGAGUAUAAUGGGAGGCAGGUCUUCGUUGAAUGCCCGCGAAGAUUGCUUGGGGUUCUCCAUAGGAUCGUCCACCAUCUUGCUGCACUCCUUUCUGCUUGAGGAUGGCGGGUGUUUCGGAGGCGGGCUGAAGAGGAGAAGAAAGGACAUAAAGAUGGACUUCGAUAGCAUCGACUCUCACUCCCAGUGGGUCAAUGCCCUCACCGACAUUGUCCGCAAGGGUCAGUCGGCAGCCCGGGAGGUGGGCCGUUCGGCAGAUGCUGAGGAUCCGCAGGAUCUUGCAUUGGGUGAUGGAGCUGGUGCAUCGGGGGAGCCCGGUACGUCGUCGGCAGGGGGAGACGGUGGGCUUGACACAGGUUCAACGGGGGGACAAGGCAGUGGUGUCGGUUAUGAUUUGACAUCUGUUCAAUGGCGGGAGAGGGCAACUUUUGUUGCCUGUACAGCCGCUCCGGAUUCCAGGGGGCCUGACCUCCCGUCGGAGAUUGCUGAACACCUGCGGGGUCCCGUUCUGGCUGCUGCUCGCCCUCCACGACCUCCAUCGGGUGUGCAGCAGUCAUCCAUGACGAGUUACGUGGUGGAUGAGGUGCAGAAGGAGUUCGACCAGGGGGUUGCUUCGUUCUUCUUUGAGAACGCCAUCGCCUUCAAUGUCACGCGCUCAGACUCGUACAAAAACUUGGAAAGGAUCAUGAACCUGGCAGCGAGGUCGAGGAAGAUGUUGCGAAUGCUAGGGUACAACUACUUGAGGACGAAGGCUCUGCCCGCGGAGUACAAAGUGGUGGACAAUGAUUUGGACAAGAUCCGAGAGCCGUGGGAUGUCACAGGCCUCACCUUGAUGACGGAUGGCAUAACAACGACCAGCAAGAGGCCGGUCAUGAACUUCAUUGCAGCCGGCGAUUCGGGGGCGGUCAUGGUGAGGAGUGUGGACAUGGAGGGGAAGGAUAAGUCGGCUCUGACUUUGGCGAGGAUGUGGGUGGAGGUCAUAAGGGAGUUGGGGGUGCAUAGGGGCAAGGAGAUCACAACCUUCAUCAAGAGACAUCAGCGGGCGUUGGCGAUGUUUCGGAAAAGUGGGAGGGAGUACAGGACACGGAUGAACAUCAAAGAAGGGAAGCCGUUGGAGAUGAUCCAGCCGGGGGAAACUAGAUUUGGCACGAACUUCCUCAUGCUGCAGCGUCUUCGGGAGUGUGAGGGCGUGUUGCUGUUGACCGUUUCCAACCCGUGGUGGGAUGACUCUCCAUGGGACAGGACAGCAGCGACACGGGCGCGGUCGUGCAAGGAGCUCAUACGAGACCCUGGUUGGUGGUUGGCUGUGGACAGGGCAUGCACCUUGCUUGAGCCCGUUUACGCCUUGAUGAAGAACAUGGACAAAGAUGGGAGGAUGAGUAUGCAGGUGUGGUCGUUGGGCAUCACGUUGGAGAAGAGAAUGGCUGUGCUACCCAUGGAUCACGAGACAAGGCAGUUCGUGAUGGCGAAGUUCAAAGACCGUGUGCGGAUGAUGGCUCUACCUGUGCAUUCAGCGGCUCGGAUGUUGCACCCGCUCCACCGAUCACCUCGACUCUUCGACGACAUGGAUUCCGAGGAGAUUGCGAACACUUUGACACACUUUGCUUCGGUUCACCCGAAGAAUUCAAAGGAGUACAAAGAGUGUUGGAACUCCGUUAAGAGUUUCCAUCACAUGGAUCCGGAGUGGAUUGGGAAGAACUCUGAGGAGGCUUUGACGGGCGGUCACGUGUCUAUGGCGCAGUGGUGGUUGACUUACGGGAAGAGGCACCCAACCUUGAUGAAGAUCGCUGUCAAAGUGCUUAGCAUGUGGACCACAACCUCUCCCUGUGAGAGGAAUUGGUCCACGUUCGAUCUCGUUGACUCGAAGAGGAGGAAUCUGUUGAGCCCGGAGAACCUGGAGAUGCUCGUCUUCAUCCACUGGAACAAGAAGUUGCUGCGCAUGUUGAAGGCCAAGAUGGGAUUCGUGAACACCGAGCAGCUAGAGUGGGAGACACCCGAAAACGACUCUCCUUUCGACGGUUUCAUGCGAGACGGGGAGUACGACCCGCAGAGAUCGAAGAGCACCAGAUUCGACGUGCGGGAGAUUCAGGAGGAGAGGGUGGAUGACGGGGCGUGGCUCCUUGAUGUUUCCUACCGCCCUCGCCGUCUCGCGGUUGACGACCGCGGGAAGACCGCUGCUGCUGUUGAUGAGGAGGAGGACGACGGAGACGACAGCGAUGGUGAUGAUGAGUUACUCGAAGUGCGGCUCACAGACAAGCGGCUUAGCAGGCGGUCGGGCGACGAGUCAUGUUCCGCGACAAAUGUCGACAUCACGCCGCUGGCUGGCCCUGCAUCCGGCGGGCCUUCGGCGGCUGCUUCGGUGUCAUUGAUGGGCGACSCUGGUGCCCGUACACGACUGCGCAGCUGCGCGGCCGGUGGUGUGGCUUCAGUUCAAGGCACCAGCAUAGUCUUGGGCGCGCAACACACUCCUCAACGGCGAGCUGCGGUCGAGGAACUACGCACAGGCUGCGGGGCGACAUGCGGAGGAUCGACGGAUGUUGACGAAGACAGUGCUGCUGCGGGGGAUGUUGGAGACUUUGGUGUGUCUGUGGACGUUCUGGUUCCCGGUGCUGCUGAACACGAGGAUGGAGACACAGGUGUGGACAAGGACGACCCGGUCUCUGGAGCAGCGGAGGACACCCAUUGCACCGACGGCGAUGUGUUCUCCACUCCGGACCCAGGGUUGCCGCUGGCUGACAGAUUCGCCUCCUUGUUGCAACGCGUGGCCCCCAUUGUUGCGAGAGGCUCCAAGACAGACUUCCAGAAACACCUGGCUGCGAUGUCCCCCAUGAGGAGUGAUUCCGAGGGACAGACUCCUGAUUGGGCCAGAUUCACUGGACCGAUCCCUCCCACUCUGCAGUUGAGCGAGGACACUGCCACACAGGCCGGGGACGGAUCGCAGGGCAUGGUGUACAAGAGGAGGACCCGAGCUGCUGGACUUGACCACCCACAAGAUGCAGCUGCACAACGUGAGCCAGACUCGCCGCCCGAAAUCAACGCGAGCUUGGUGCGCCAAGUGAAGAGUUUGGCGGGCAGGAAGAAAGGAGGGAAGAACAAGCCGAAGGAGACAGCGGAGCCGUCGAGACAACGUGGACGAGGCAAGGGACGCAGGACAGUCACACCGCCGGCGACCUUGCAAGAGAAGCGUGCUGUUGUUCGGCAGGCAAAGAAGAGGAAGGCACAAAAAGUUCUAAAGAAAGCGACCACAAAGAGGAGGAAGUGUGUGCAAGAGGACGAUGAAUCCGCAAGCAGCAGCACUUCGUCUUCCGCAGAGGAAGUGGAAGCGCGACCGAGGUCAUCGACCGACGUGUCGUCAUCGAGUGACGCGUCGUCCUCCUCUGACACGUCGUCGAGUGACGCGGAGGAGACAGGCACGAGGAGGCCAAAGCGACUUGUGGUUUUCCUCAAUCCUAGAUCUGGCGCUGGGAGUGGAAAGCAAGUUUUCAGAAACACAGUUCAGCCCUUAUUUAAUGCUGCUGACAUUGACGUUGAUUUGAUUGAGACGGAACAUUUUAAACAUGCGGAGGAAGUGGCCACCGGAUUGAAUCUUGAUGGCGUGGAUGGAAUCGUCUGUGCAAGUGGCGAUGGAAUUGUGUACGAGGUUUUGAACGGUCUCCUGAAUAGGCCAGACUGGAAAGAAGCCAUCAAGACCCCGAUUGGAGUGAUACCUUGUGGAUCAGGAAAUGGAAUUGCGAAAUCACUUUUGUCCUUGGGGGGUGAACCCUGUGAUCCUGGAAGCGCGACUUUCUCCAUCAUACAAGGAAGAACACGGAGCUUGGAUGUCGCAACAGUGAAGCAAGGACAGAUGGAAAGACAAUUUUGUCUGAAUAUGUGCUGGGGGUUACCAAGCGAUGUGGAUAUUGAAUCGGAGCAAUACCAGUGGCUUGGCGGUUUGAGGCUGAUCUUGCAGUCUAUCAUACGAAUCAUCAACCUUCGCAUGUACAAUGGGGUCAUAAAAUACUUGCCAUAUGGAAGGAGAGAUGUGGGGGGGAAUGACGCAGACCAGCCGGAGCACCGCGUUGGUCUGCUUGGGCCCGAAGGAGCGGCGGACGAAGAGACUGAUAGAAGGCUUCAGGGGGAUUGGCAGGAAAUAAGGGGGGAGUUUGUCCUCGUGUGGUUGCAGAACACUAAGUAUGCGGCCACUGACAUGAUGCCUGCUCCUGAGGCACAGCUAUCAGAUGGAUGCUUGGACCUCUUUCUUAUCAGAAAGUGUGGGAGACUGAAGCUGUUGUAUUUGCUGCUAUUGAUUGAAUCUGGAGCUCAUGUGAAAUUCAAAGAGGUCACGUAUCUGAAGAUCCGGGCAUUGAAGCUGGAGGCUGGGGGAAGAUCCACUGGGAAGGAUAGCGGAAUGGGUGGGUACAUUGCGGCAGAUGGAGAGAUUUUGGCAAGGGGAGACGGGACGAGAAAAGACGGGAGGAAGGACCCUCUGGAGUACUCCCACAGCGUGGACGUGUCAAUUCGACAGGGCCUAGCGACAGUCUUCUGCUCAGGUGAAUGAACUCGGAAGUGGGGAGGUAGGUGGUAAUGUUUCAGCAGUUGCCUGAUUGCUGAUUGCUGAAGGUGGGCAGGCUGAUAGGCUGUGAUGGCUGGGUUUCUCGGGGCCGCUGGUGGCGUCACGUUUGGGGUGAGUUGUUUUGUUGUCUUCCGGAUUAUUUAGGAUGUACUCGUGUUUUUUUUUGCGCAAUUUCGAGGGAAUCUGGAUGUAGUUCAUGUGAGUUAACAUCCCGGAAAGUCGAAGUUUUUUAAGUGUAGGGUUGAGUCAAAUUCAGUAUCAAAGGCAGAGAUGUGGUCCGAUGCACGUUUGUAUGUUCAUCUCAAGGAUGGUCUCCGUUACCUGUUCGCUAGACGAGUAGGCGAAAGACGCAACCUGUCUCAAGAAGGAUCUGAUCUCCUGAGUUGACGGCUACGUUGCGUUAUUGGCUCCAUUACUGGGCGCCUUCUGUAUGCAGUUUUCCUCACGUGUGGUUUCGACGUGUCCGCGUAAUGUCGUGUUUCAUGGGAUGUUCAUCUCAUGUCCAUGGCAUGUCCAUCGCGUAUGUGGUGAACCAGUGGAUCGAGCGAGCGAGCACUGUAGAAGAGGCAUUCCGAAUUAGGAAAGUUUAUUCCCACCUUUUGUGGGACGUAGUAUCUAACCCUUAGUCUUAUCCAUCUUUUUUUUUUUUGCCCGAGCGGCUGCUAGGGGUGCUGUCCUCGAUUUCGAACCCGACAUCCUCCACGUCUUUUCCCUUUUUUUUUUACCAAACCAUCCACAUUGGUCUCCGCUUCUUUUCCUUGUCUUUCUCCCUCAUGUCUUCCUAAUUUUGACUGCUUUUUCUCUUCUACUGCCGUUUCUUCUUCUCUCCCCUCCCCUGCGAUGACACUUUUUCUGCUUCCCCUUCGAAUCUUCUUUUCCCUUUUACUGCUUGCUUUUCUCCUCUCCUCUCAUUAUCAUGACCACUCUUUUUGGUAUUAGCUAUACUGUCACACUUAUUGUUUACCCCUUUACCGUUAUGCCUGCUUUACGCUUACCCCUCCCUACUCUUACCUCGUACCCUUAGCCUCACUAUUUACCCUUCGUGCUUACAUUUACACUUUCGGUUACCCUUACUCUAACCUUUUAUCCAUACCCUCUACCCAUGCCCUUCAGUAGGGCCUGCUGCUUACCCUUGCCCUUGCUUUAAAAGUACGUUUCCCUUGCUACCCCUCACUCUUACCGUUUACGCCUAUCCCCUUACUGUUUAGUAGUGUUUACCCUUCACCCCUAUGCUUCGCUUUACAGUUAUUCUUACCCUUACUCUUAUCUUUUACCCUUACCCUCUACCCUUGCCCUUCUGUAGUGCCUGGACCUUACCCUUGCCCUUGCUUUACAAGUCCUACCCCUUACUUUUCCUCUUUCCCCUUAUCCUUUACCCUUACCCUUAUCCUUUACACUUACCCUGGGUUACCCUUCUUCUUUUUCCUUUUUUUUUGGUGCUUUCAAGCUGCGCCCAUGGUGUGGCAACGUUAGCAGCCAUUGGAAUAAUUUUAGGGGCACCGGCUUAUUCCCUUUGGCUCUAUAAUCGUGUUGUGCAUGGAAACUUCACGCCGUAUGUCGUUCAUAACAGUUCCCUUGAGAGACUGCCUGUAUCACAGCCCACACACGAUCAGCCUGUAGUGUUUCAGCAAUGAUGAUGGGUUAGUCCUGCCCUUGCACUUGCGCUGGUGUGUUUUACGCCCGAAAGGUGGCAACGGCAGUCUCUGCAUUUCAAUCCGAAGCAGUCGGCGCUUCUUCUGCGCCAAACGUAGAGGAUAUGGGUAAGCUCUCCCGGGCCAAUAAGAAGCGGAGAUUGACAACUCCCGCAUCUCUGACGUGGGUAUUGGGAAGAUGGUAUGCACCAAUAGAAGGCGGUGGCUCACAGC